AUGGCAGAAGAAAUUAGAAACAUGGAAAAGCGGAUAGAAGAAAUAAAAAUCAGAAAACAACAACUAGCCAAAAAGAAGGAAGAAGAAAAGAAAAAAGCGGAAGAACUAAGGAGGAAGGAAGAAGAGAAGAAGAAAGAAGAGCUAGCCAAACUAGAGAAGGAGAAGCAAGAAGAACAAAGGAGAAGGGAAGAAGAACAAAGAACAAGGAAAAGAAUGGAAAAGAGAGAGAGAGAGAGAGAUCAAAAAGAUGCUAAGAAGACAAGAAGAAGAUAAUGAAAGGCUACAAAAUGGCAUACGUAGCAGAAUUUCAUCACCUUCCUCAGAAAGUAGUCUGGAGUCGGAACUAGAAUAUACACAAAGCGACUCGGACGAGACCGGAACAGAAAGGAGCUUCCACAUGGAAUUCAAAGAAGUGGAAGACAGAGAAUGCGAGUCCCCCGGGGAGGACACAAGAAAACAGAAAGAAGAAGAGCAGAUGGAAGCACAAGAGGAACUUAAACGAAAAAGAACAAGGGAUCAAGAAGCGGAAGAAGAAGCAAAAAGGAUCAAAGAAAACAAAGACGACGAAGACAUUGUAUAUGUGGACCCAAUCGAUGACCCACUCGAUAUUACAAACCAAUUGAGACGCACGUCAACGACGUCCCUCCAAGAUUUCUUCACACCGCAGAUUAGGGAAGAAGUAAACGAUGUAGAGUUCGACGUCGCGGCAGCAGAGUGGGCGAGAGUUCAGAGCCUGCAAGAAGAGCUACAACGAUAGUACUCCGACAGUAAGCAGGGAAAAAGAGCUUUCCAGAAAACCAAGAAAACAGACGAGUUUUACGCCGGAGUCACAAAGAGAUUGAUAGCAAAAAUAAGGAAGUUAGAGCAAGUACUGGAGGUGCCCAGGAGCAACCAAGCCAACGCUCAGGCCAGCCAAAGCCAAUACGAAAUACAAAUAAUCCUGGCAGAAGAGAACUAGAGAAGAGAGGCUGAUAUGCAAAAGAUACUCAACGCCAUAACAGAGCAGAAAGAAACUGAGAACAAAAAUAGAAAAUACCUCCAAACGCAACAGGUACAAAUGAGACUACAAUUGGAGAAAAUGGAGAAUGAGAUGAAGGAGAUAAAAGAAGCAUACAAGAAGAAAGAGGUAACAAAGGAAGCGAUAGAGAAGGUAGUACUGGAAGCAAUCGGUUAGGUCAUGGCCGAGAAAGGAGAGAACAUCAUUAAGCAGAAACCUAUCGAAGACGCGAUCAAGAAAGGGCUAAGCAGCGUGCAGGAGGCGGUGAUCACCCACUGCAAGAGGUUGGAAGGCCCAUGGGAAACGGUGGAAAAGAAAAGGCAGAGAAAAGGACCGAAGACGACGCAUGAGAAGUUCGAAGAACAAAUCAAAGCCCCAUCCCCCGACACAAUACGGAUGGUUGUCAAAAGCAAGAAAGCUACAAGAGGAGAAAAAAUAGUAAAGGAAAUCCAAGAAACAGCUGAGCCGAUUAGAGGGAAUCUGAAGGUAAAGAAGAUGGUGCCAAUCAAAGACGGAGCUUACAUGGAAUUCAAGGCGGAAGGACUGGAUCAAGUUAAACUAAUAGAAGAGCUAGAAAAGAAAGGGCUGGAAGUAAGAGAACCGCUUCCCAGUAACACUUUAAUAAGAAUCGGGAGAGUAGACACGCAAACAACUGCAGAAGAAAUGUACAACGACCUGAUGAACAGAUGCCUCAAAGCAAAA